GAAAGCAGUUCUCUGGGACCACCUUCUUUUGGCUUCAACCUCUCCCACUCUUGACAUCUGAGUAGCUCAAGGAAUCUCCUCCAGGUCCGACCGCUGGUCUGGGAAGGAGACUGGCUGCUGGAACCCGAGACUUGGAUGCUAUGGAACACCCGCUCUUUGGCUGCCUGCGCAGCCCUCAUGCCACCGCGCAAGGCUUGCACCCGUUCUCCCAGUCCUCCCUCGCCCUCCAUGGAAGAUCCGACCACAUGUCCUACCCCGAGCUCUCGACUUCUUCCUCGUCUUGCAUAAUCGCGGGAUACCCCAACGAGGAGGGCAUGUUUGCCAGCCAGCAUCACAGGGGGCACCACCACCACCACCAUCACCACCACCACCACCAUCAACAGCAGCAGCACCAGGCUCUGCAGACCAACUGGCACCUCCCGCAGAUGUCCUCCCCGCCGAGCGCGGCUCGGCACAGCCUCUGCCUCCAGCCCGACUCCGGAGGGCCCCCGGAGCUGGGGAGCAGCCCGCCUGUCCUGUGUUCCAACUCUUCCAGCUUGGGCUCCAGCACCCCAACCGGGGCCGCGUGCGCGCCGGGGGACUACGGCCGCCAGGCGCUGUCACCCGCGGAGGCGGAGAAGAGGAGCGGAGGCAAGAGGAAAAGUGACAGCUCAGACUCCCAAGAAGGAAAUUACAAGUCAGAAGUCAACAGUAAACCAAGGAAAGAAAGGACAGCUUUUACCAAAGAGCAAAUCAGAGAACUUGAAGCAGAAUUUGCCCAUCAUAAUUAUCUGACGAGACUGAGGCGAUACGAGAUAGCAGUGAAUCUGGAUCUCACUGAAAGACAGGUGAAAGUCUGGUUUCAAAAUAGGAGAAUGAAGUGGAAGAGGGUGAAGGGAGGACAACAAGGAGCUGCAGCUCGAGAAAAGGAACUGGUGAACGUGAAGAAGGGGACACUUCUUCCAUCAGAGCUUUCGGGAAUUGGUGCGGCCACCCUCCAGCAAACAGGGGACUCUCUAGCAAAUGAAGACAGUCACGACAGUGACCACAGCUCAGAGCAUGCACACUUAUGAUAUACACAGAGAGGACCAGCUCCAUUCUCAGGAAAGAAAUGUGACAGCAAGCCUUACCCAAACAUCGUUUACACAGAGAGUUGACUAUGGCAGUGAUUUUUAAUAUUAUUAAAUUCUGGCAUCUUGAGUCUGUUUUUCAUGAUUUAUAGAGGGUUUACACUAAGUGCCACUUAUUAAAGACAUUUCCAGAGUGAAGAUGGAGACGGUGAACUUGCUUUGAAUAUUCCAGGUGUUUGGUCAGGUGUAUGGCAGUGAGCAGGUAUGUGUUUGCUUUUGCUUGCACUGAAAAUUAAAUUGCUAUCAAGAGCAAACUAUGAAACAUUUUUAUUCAAGAUGCCUCAAGAGUGAAGAUGCCAAAGAUGAACUUGCUUUGAACAUUCCAGAUGUACGAGGUCAUGUGAAUGACAGUGGGCAGGUAUUUGCUUUUGCUUGCACUGAAAAUUAAACUGCUAUCAAGAAUAAACCAGCCACAGUGCCUGAAAUCACUCGUUGAUAAAAAAAAUGUAACUCUGUAUAUAUUAUCCUUAAGUCAUUUUCCUGUCUUCACUAAUUUUAGCAAUGCAUUCAUAUUAGCUGAUGAAAAUGGGCGCUCACAAUGACAUCCAGAACUGCUUCUUGUCUUUUUCAUACAUUUUGUCAUCCCGGAGACAAUCAGUAUGUGCUUACUUGUGUUCAAAUAGAUAAGAAUACAGUAGAGUCUGAUAGGACAUAUUCUUGUACCACAGACAAAACAAAUCUUAUGUUGCAUUUACUAUCAACUGCUGCUAAUACAUUAUUAUAAAAUUUACCUAGCUCCUCAAUUCUUCCUAUCUUAUAGCUUGAAAAAAAUUUAGGAUCAUAGGCAAAUCAGUUACCUUGGAAAGAGCUUUGUAUGACAGACAUUGUCUGAUUUUAUUUCUAUAAAAUGUUAGCUGCAUGAAUAUGAUUUCAUUAACAAUGAAAAGGUUUCUUCCUGAUUGGUAAUGGUGUUAGACAAGGUGCAAAGCAAAAUUGGUUCCUCAAGUUGAUAGAAAACAAAAUCCUGAUUAUCUUCAAAUUAAAUUCAGUAGACACAUUAUUUUUUCAUAUGUGAUAUAUUCAUGCAGAAAAACAAUCUUUGUAUUUUGUAAAAAAAAAUUAAUAAAUGAUCCUUUGUAAAUAA